AUGAAAGCAGCCAAGACAAACAAUCCAGCAAAAGCAGGAACAGCGUUGGCAGCAGCACCACCGGCAAGUGUAAUUGAAGGAACUGCUGGUGAAGUUGGUUUUGGUGUGGAAACAAGAGCAGAAGAUGAAGUAGUUGAAGCAGAAGGUGAAGUUGAACCUGGCGCUGAAGUUGCUGGUUUCGAGGAAACAGAUACUGCUGAACUUGAUGGUUUUGAGGAAGAGACUGGGAUGACUGGGAUGGUGGUCGUGACAACCGAGGAUCCAGAAGUGUACACCUUAGUGGUGGAUGAUGAUGGAAUAGCAGGUUUUGAAGAGACUGGGAUAGUGGUGGUGACAACCGAGGUUCCAGAAGUGUACACCUUAGUGGUGGAUGACGAUGGAAUAGCAGGUUUACUAGAAGCUGGUACUGAAGUUGAGCUUACAGGCUUACUAGAAGCUGGGAUCGAGCUUCCUGGUUUACUGGACACUGGGGUCGAGCUGGUGAGUGGGCAGUAA